AGCAGCGAUUUGAAAGCGAGGAAGGGUGACAUGCUGCGGCGCACAGGGACCAUGCACGGCUCCAGCCCCAGCUCCAGCUCCAGCUCCAGCUCCAGGCUGCCCGGCGCUGCGCUGCUGUGCGCGCUGCUGCUGCUCCGCUCCGGCUCCGCGGGAGCGCAGCUGCUGGAGACCGGGGAGCAGCUGCUGCAGUCCGGGGAGCAGCUGAGCCCCAGAGCCCUGCGGGACUUCUACCCUAAAGGUCCCAACCUCACCAGCGAGAAGCAGCUGCUUGGAGCUCUCCAAGAAGUUCUUGAAAAGCUGCAGGCGAAACGACUUCCUUCGUGGGAAAAGAAAUUUGGCCAAGUCCCAACGUGUGACGUCGGGGAGCAGUGCGCCGUGAGGAAAGGCGCUCGGAUCGGGAAGAUGUGCGACUGUCCCCGCGGAGCCUUCUGCAACUUCUUCCUGCUGAAGUGCUUAUGAGCCUCUCUGGAUCGGAAUGUAGCACAAUGAGGACGGAAAAAAAAAACUCCAGCUCUAUUUCUUUCCUAUUUUUUUUUAUGAUACAGCUGAUGGGCAGCUGAAAAGACUGACCGACCCUGAAAAACAAACUGUAGUAGCUAUAUAUCACAAAAUAAAUGUCUGUAAGGAUUUUAUGGUGGUUAAUAGAAGAUGUCACAAAGAUCUAUCAACGUUCUUGUACAUAUUUUGAUCCACCUGGUCUCUGUAACCAUACAAACAUUGUUGUGAUGACCCGAACUAUACAAUAAAAUCAGCUAAGGGUCCACAUGCAGGCAGGCAGGUCUGAACAGCUACUAUAUAACAGGAAAAUGUCAACACUCUUCAUCUGCAAUUCCAAUGUGUCCUUUAAACUUAAACUAUUUUGUUUCAGGUGAAUGUUUUGUGUAUGGCUCAUGGUAAUAAACUGUGGAUCAUCUUGUUUUGUAAA